AUGAAUCAAUUCUAGGAUGUAUUCAAUGAGUUCUCAUAAUUACACAAUCAGAAAUACAAUUUAGGAGAAAUAUUAUCAUUUUUGGAUUCCAAAUGUGCAAAUGGUUAUUUUGAUAGAGAUGUAUAUUAAUAAUUGAUUGAUUAAAUCCCAUAAGCAUAAUCACAAUAAUAAUGCACUAUUAAUCAGUUAAUUAAUGUAUUUAAAAAGGCAUAGGAUGUAUUAAAUGAUAAAAUUAGCAAAUGUUAAUAAAUUAUAGAUUAGAAAAAUAUGUAAUUACAUAUUUGAAUUAUUAUUAGUGAAAUUAGAGCCUAUAGUGAUAAAAUUAAGUAAUAGUAAACAAAUAGUGUCAAUUCAUCAAGUAAAUUGAAUGUGGAAAUUCUUGAAGCUGAAAUUUUAUAUUAAAGCAAUGGAUAAUUAUAAAUCAGUUUAGAAUGUAUGUCAUCUGUUGUUUAUACAUGUAAAUUAAUAAUUGAAAUUUUUAGAAUUGGCCAAAAGACUAAAUCCAGUUUGGAAUGAAACCUUCGAUUUGUAUUUACUUAACUUUAUGAUUUAGUAAUGUCAAUGAGUAAGCAGUAAUGAAAUUUAUAUUAUUGGAUACAGAAUUAUAAUAAAAAAGGGGGAUUGGUGGAGUUGCUUAUAUUGAUAUUAAUACUUUUGGAGAUUAAAUGCUUCAUGACUUUACAGUGAAUUUGACUGAUGAAAGUAAUUCUAUUGUUAGAGCUAAAUUACAUCUUAAAAUAUAGUGGAUUUAUUCAAAAGUAAUUAUUAUAUUAAUUAUAGAAUAAAUAUUUAUAAGAUUUAGUUAAUGAAAAUAUGAUAUAGAUUAAUUAAUUGGAAUAAGAAAUCAAUGAUCACAUUGUUGAUUUGGAUAUUAUAAAUUCUCCAUUUAAAUAAGGAAUUAAAUUUUAAAAUAAUCUAACUAUAUCUACAUAUUAAACACAACAAAACUAAUAAUAAUAAUAAUAAGGGAAUAUAUUAUUGAUUAGUGAAAGUUAAAUAGAUAGAUUAGUUUAAAUAUCAUUAUUAUUAAUUAUUCUUUAUUUAGUGUUUGGAUUAUUAAAUAGUAUGUAUCGAACAUUAAACUUUGAUGUAAAAUAGUGUAAUCUAUAUUAGUUUUUAGUUAUAUUCUAUUGCUUUUUGUUUUAUCAGAAAAAUUAUAAACUUCAAUCUUUGCUUCACAUUAAAAUCAUUAUGGUUAUGUUAGGUGUUGCUUUAUUGAUGGAUAUAAUUUGGCUUGCAAUUUAUAGUACUGUAAAUAUUACAUUAAAUAAAUAGCCAUAUUUGGGAGAGUUUAAUGCAUCUUAUGAUCAUUUAGAAUAUGGAUUAUAGAAAUAUCAAAUAAUAUUAAGUUGGUUAUUAUUAUUUGUGAAAGUAAAUAUAAUUUCAAAAUAGAUCGUUGUUUUAAUGUUCUAUGUUCACAUUUAUGCCACUUACCCUGAUAAAUCUACAUAAGUUUAUGAUUAAUAAUGGAAUGCUAUUUUUGGAUGGAAAGAUAUUAAGUAAAUCAAUAUCUACAGAAAUUAUAAUUGA